GAAUUAGAUCGUGGAGGCUCCACCAACCGAAGAGCCGGAAACCAACAGUGGAGCCAUCUAACGAGAGACGUUGGAAUUAAUUGGAAACUGGACACUCUGAGGAAGUGAGGACACAAGUUUGAAAUACUACGCUUCGAGAGUAAUCGUCUUUCCUGACUUAUCGAAAGCGGAACGUUCCGACUCUUCGCCGGCUAUUCGUGCCUUCGUGGAUCGCACGCACAGGGUGUCUCGCCAUUGUCGCAUCAACGUGGAAGAUCUGCUCGUCUCUUGUAUCGAUUUUUCCUUGGAGAAGAUUUAUUUCAGUAAUCUCUGCCGGAUUUUCACGCGCUCCUCAUUUACGCCAUUUUCUAGCGGGCAGUCGUCUCUGAUCGCCGAAAACCCAGAACACCCCGUAGAAGGUGGUGGUUGGUGGGGCAUUCUGGAGACUGGGAGAGGGAAUUACUUCUGACUCAGUUUGCUGUCGUACGACCUUGCGCGAGGUCACUCUUCUCGCAACCCUCUGAUGCACGCUGCCGCUUCCUAUUCAUCCGAUUCAUCCGGUCUCUCCUCUCUGAAAACAGGUGCCAAAGUGUUGUCUGUGCUAUUUUUGGAGUAAAAUCUAGCAAUUUGUCGUGGAUGGAUAAUCAUGAUGACGACGAUGACGACGAGAUGUCACUGGCUGCUCUUGGUAUCAUCGUUGCUGAUACUUGGCUGCAUUCUGGAAUCUCAGCAACUCGUCAUCAAAAGUGUCAACGUUCCCUCCGCCGUAAAGAUCGGCGAUGUCGAUCAUGUGAUUCUCGAUUGCGACUACGCUCUGGAGAACACCUCGAGCCACGGACUGGUGGUCAAAUGGUUCUUCAACGACGAACAAGUGGUCUAUCAGUGGAUCUAUGGAAGGGUUCCCGUAGCCAACGAAUUGAUCGCGAGAUACGUCGAUCUCACGUACAAGGCCAGCGAUGAUCCCUUCACCGAGUAUCGAGCCAUCAAGCUGAAUAAACCAGGAAUCCAUCUAACGGGCGACUACACCUGCGUAAUAUCGACGUUCGAAGACGAGCGGGCGGCAAAUGCCUCCAUGGUGAUUUACUCAACGGAGGAAAGCUUCGAUUUCGAGUACCGGAAAAAGAACAUAGACGAUAAAGAUAUAUUGGAAACGACAUGCAAAGCCAAAGGUCUUUAUCCUCAGCCGACUCUCAAUAUCUCAGUCAAAGAUGUUGCAGAGAAACAAACUUUGAAACCGACGGUGACACUGCGCGAAGAUGGAUUGUACGAUAUCUUAUCACGAGUAGACUUGCUGGAUGAGCAACUACCGGAGGCUGCGGAACUCAAGUGUACCCUUGACAUUCCGAGAGCAAACUACAGCGUGUCUCGAAAAACUGUCUACUAUUCCGCAGGAACGGCUAGUGCUACUUCAUCCGCUACAACGAUACCGCAUAAAAUGGAUAUCCAGACCCUAGACAGCUCAAACUCCGGCAACCUUGUCAAUCGCGCAUCGAUCAGUCUUGUCCUGCUACCGAUACAUCUGGCUAUUUUUACCUUGUUUUAACAAUAAGACAAUCAAUACGACAUUAAAGUCGUUGGCUCGCACGGAAACAUCAACGGAAGAUACUGAAUCAAAACAUAUAAAAGAGAAGGAGAAUAAUAAAAUUCGCGUCCGAGAUAUUUUAUAAUACAUGUAUCUCAUUAUACUUGUAUGUUUUCUUCAGUAACAAACAUGUUACAAGCUUUCCGUAAGAUUCCUUCGGGAAUAUUCUCAAAUAUUUUCAACGAGAUCUGUAUGUGCAACGGCAGGAAACAGAGUACAUGAUCACAUUAAAAGAUUACAACUUGUAAAAUGACACGAAUGAAAGAAUUCGAUUAAAACAAUCGUUUCGUUCGAAUCGACCAGUCAGAGUCCCAAUUAGAACAUGACAAAGUAAAGACAGAUUCCAACGGUGAUUUGAUUCAUGGUCGAAACACAGUCGCAAACGGCUUAUCAUCUACAUGAUAAAAAUUGAAACUCGUCAUGCUGUAAAGAUGGACGAAAAGAAAGAUAACAAUAUUGUACUAUUAUAAAAUAUAAUUAGAAAUUCAAUGUAAAGCAUAUUAAAGUGGCAAAAUUAUUCUUAAUGCAGCGUUACAAAAAAUGCGAUAUCUCGCGUAGUUUAGGCGCACUUUGUAUAUUUUAUAAUAGAACACUGCCAAAGAUUGGAUUGUACAUAACAAUUAAUCGCGAUAAUGUAUUUAUUGUAUAUAACAUGUGAGACACACUUUAUUGUACAAAUAUUCAUUGAAAAUUCUACACACUCUCUUUCUCUGUAAGGCGUAUUUUUACAGAUUAUGUAAAUAAUAUGAAAUUGUAUGUCCAAAUGUGUGCACGGAGACACAGAUAAUAGAUUGUAAUAUUGUAAA